GCUUUGUGUGAUGUCACAUGAGAUUAAACCCUCCCUUUUAGGCAACGUGGUGAUUUGAUCACAGGUUUAUGUAAAUUUUUGCACAUUUCAGUUCAUCCUCGAUUUUAUCUUUUUUCAUUAACUUGUAAAAUAAAUUAGCUUUAGGAAUCACUUAGCCAAAAUGCAUUCGUUCAAAUUAAUGCAUUAUUUUUGUGUUUUACUAUAUCGUAACUACCAUCAUUUGCCAAUUGAAUUAAUGAAUUUUCAUUGUGAAAUAAUUUUGAAUUAAAGAUAAGUUAAUUUUCUUCAUUUUUUGGCCAAUUUGGCAUUUAUCGUUCAUUUCCUUUUGCAAUGACUGCUACCUUUUACUACACGAUGCGAGACGACGCGAAAUUUUUAUUACAUAAAGUUCCGCUCAGAUUCACUUUCAAGCCAUUGUCAUCAACAAGGUCUUGCAAGGUUCAAAAUAAACAGAGCAUUACACUUACAAUUUCUUUGUUUUCGUUUGUGAGAAACGAAGUUGACGGUGAACGAGGAUUUUAUUGAUAUGUAUUUUCAAACUUGGUGCGCCCUUUAAAUGUAACGCUGUUAAAAUGGGAAAUUAUCCUGUUAUAAAACGAAAAUAUGGAGACUACAGUCAGGAUGAGAAGGAAGUAAAAGAGAGUGUUAUUGAAUUGCCUAAAAGUGAAAAGAAACAGAAGACGACUUCGGAUUACAUAUAUCAUACGCUAUUUGUGAAUGGCCAAGAAAGUGACGUUACAAUAGUCGCUUUAGAUAUUGAAUGGAAACUUCACAAGUUGUAUCUAUGUCAGUCGAACUAUUUCAAGAGUAUGUUUACUGGUGAUUGGAAAGAAUCUCAUGAAAAUAUUAUCAAACUUGAAAUACCUGAUGAGAACAUCAAUGAAGAAGCAUUACACACAGCAUUUGGAUCUUUUUACUGUGAUGAAGUAGAAAUCUCCUCCUCUAAUGUUAUACAACUUAUGGCCGUUUCUUGUAUGUUUCAGUUGGAUGGUUUACUGAGUAGUUGUGCAGAUGUUAUGACUGAAAACUUGACAAAUGAGUCAGUUUGUCGAUUCUACACUGCUGGAAGACAAUAUGGUCAAUCUUGUGUAGAAUCCAAAUGCCUGGAAUGGUUAGAAAGAAGGUUAACAUCAAGCUCUUCUGUUGAACAACUAAGGAAUAUGAGUAUUGAUCUGAUGGAGAAAGUGAUUGGAUCUCCAAAUCUUUUUGUCAUGCAAAUAGAAGUUGAUGUGUACAAUCUUGCUAAGAUGUGGAUGUUUUUAAAAGUUGAAACUAGUUGGCAAGGGAGUAAGAAAGACUUGCUUCAAGAUGCAAAUACUUAUUUUCAAUCAAGACAACGCCAUAUCAGUUUUCUAGAGACUGAACAAGGAGCUAAAUAUGUUCGCGUGUUCAGGAUCAAGCUUCAUCAUGUGAUUUGUGACAUCAAAGCUGUGAAGCAACUUGAUGAGGAUAAGAUAAUACCUCAAGAAUGGUUAUCGAGUGUUUAUAAACAACAAUGGAAGCAGAUGUUGUUAGCCUUCCAGGGAAUAGAUUGUGGUCCUGGAGAAAAUGUCUCAGAAGAAAUGUUUGAUUUUCUGGCAUUUCGUUGUGGCAGGAUAUUGAGAGCAAUGUGCAGUACUGCUGGCGUUGGACUGGUUUCACAUAUGGUGUUGAUAUAAUUGUCACAUAUGACAGUUCGAAACAAA